AUGCCUGUGGAUCACUUUUCCCUCGAGGCGAUUAUUCGUCCAAAUAUUCUAGCCCUCCAUCCCUAUCGUUGCGCAAGAGACGACUAUCAGAGUGGCAUUCUCCUCGACGCAAACGAAAACUCGUACGGUCACUCUAUUGCAACAGCAGCUAAUGGAAACAAUGAGCCAGACCUCUUGCUCGCCCAGCAUCUCGCAAGCCCAUUGCACAGAUACCCCGACCCGUCUCAUCCGCAGAUCAAGAGUGCAUACGCAAAACUAAGAGGAGUUACUGGUAUUGAGAAUGUGUUCCUGGGUGUUGGCUCAGAUGAGGUUAUCGACCUCCUCUUCCGCGUCGCCUGCGUACCGGGAAAGGACAAGGUCCUCAUCUGUCCUCCAACCUAUGGCAUGUAUGCUGUCUGUGCCCAAAUCAAUGACGUUGGGGUUGUAAAAAUCCCGCAGGACACCACUGGAGGUCGGUUUACUGUCCAAGUCGACAAGAUACUCGAGGCUACAGAGCAGGACCCGGCAAUCAAAAUGAUCUUCUUCUGCUCGCCAGGUAACCCAACAGGCGCAACCGUAUCCCUCUCAGCCAUUCAACAAGUUCUCGAUUCGCCCUCAUUCAAAGGCCUCGUCAUCGUCGAUGAAGCCUAUAUCGACUUUACACAAGCAUCCCACCCAGGCGUAUCCAUGUCAGCUACGAUCCUCCUUCCCAACUAUCCAAAUCUCGUCGUCUUGCAGACGAUGAGCAAGAGCUUUGGCCUUGCAUCCAUACGGCUCGGAUUUGCAUUCUCUUCGCCCGAGCUCAAUCAGAUCCUCUCCAACACCAAGGCCCCUUAUAACAUUUCCGGUCCCACUGCGACACUUGCGAUGCAAGCCCUCUCGGAAGAGUCAAUAGCUACGAUGCGAGACAAGGUACAAAAGCUCAUUCAGGGGCGCCAAUUCCUACUCGAGGCCUUCAAUGAGAUGAAGCAGGACCUUGGUCCCUAUAUCGGUGGGUUGGAUGCCAACUUUAUCAUGGUGCCCGUCUUGAACAGGCAAACGGGCAAGCCGGACAAUGUCAGGGCAGAAAAGGUUUACCAGGCCAUGGCCGAGACUCAAGGCGUCGUAGUCAGAUUCAGAGGAAAGGAGUUGGGAUGUACCGGCUGUUUACGGGUCACUAUUGGAACAGAAGAGGAGAACAAGACUUUAUUGGAGCGACUAAAGGCGACGCUGGAUCAAAUACAAUAA